UAUUAGAUGUUUUACAGCAGUCGCUUUUACAUCAUAUCCGCCUUUUAAUUUUCCCGGAAGGGAACCAAAAUAACAGCAGGGGAGUUGGAUCUUACCACUGGUAGUGCAGCUUAUAUCUGAAGCCUGCUGAGUUUUAAUCUUCGGGUCGGAGGAUGUCUUUUCCCUCAUCGUUUCCUGCGCAAGUCGCAGCCAUCAUGGACGUCCUGGCGAAGGCGGCGGUGGCAGAAAUCACGAAGCUGGUGGAGGACGGGAGUCUGGUCCUGCGCCUGGAGCUGAGUCGGAGGGAAGACGAGAAUCAGGAGCUCCGAGCAAGUUUGAAGCUGAUCGAGGCUGAGCUCAAGAAAGCCCAAGAAGCUGCCGCAAGCACAGCUACAGAGGCCAAACACACGCAGACGAUAGCCGAGGACCUGGUGCUCCGAACGGACAAAAACGAAGCUCAGGACAUGGUUGCAGUGUCUCUUCAACCAAAAACUGCCCCAAAUUGGACAGAGGAGAGCCAAAACAUCUGGCCAGUGGUGAAGCAUGAGCCAGAGGAUGAACCUGCUAACACCGAAACAGAAGACAACACAGCGAGAACAGGCGUUUGCUUCAAGGCAGAGCAGGAUGACUUGGUGUGGCCUGCUUGUAGCAUGUUUGAGAGUAACCCUGUGGCGUUGCAGCAGCACAUGCAGAUCCUCCCCUCUCACGCUGAACAGUAUUCUCCUCAGAGGAACACAGAAAGUUCCUAUAAUUCUUUACCGUCUGCUGCAGAGGAAACUGCAAGCGUGCCAGUGAGAGUGGAGAUAGAGACGCACCCCGCGUGUAUGGGAGGCAUCGCUUCAGACUCUGUUCAUAAUAAAGAGUUCAGACGUAUUUCACCCCCUGCAGGCAGUCAGGGUGACUGCUUGCGAGCUGAGCCGUUACUCCCUCUGCCUCACGUGGAAACAGCCGCAGCAAUCUCAGCAAGAUUAAAUCCUGAAGCUCUUAACCAGAGUAGAGAUGUCUUUAAAGCCAAAAGGCUGAUGAAGGUGUGCAGACCUCAUCAGAAAGUCUACAUCUGCUCUUUGUGCAACAAGAGUUUCUCGUGCCUUUCUCAAUUGGAGAAACACGUAGCCGCCCACCAACCCUCCAAACGAUUCAGGUGCCUCGAGUGUGGGAAAUCUUUCACCCAGAAGACCCGGCUCAGGACGCACCAAAGCGUGCACACCGGGGAGAGGCCGUUUAGUUGCAAAAUCUGCGGUAAGAUGUUUUCAAGGCAGGACAACUGCCUCAGACACGAGCGGUUCCAUAGCGGGCUGAAGCCGUACAGCUGCAGGCAGUGCGGUAAAAACUUCACGGUGCUUGGUAACCUCAAAAUACAUCAAGAGAUCCACCUGCAAGGAAGACAGCGAUCAGAUACUGCAGCUCUCAGAGAUGGACUGCAGUAGUUUGAACAUUUGCAUGAACCUUUUAUUUUACAAAUGUGCUUUGACAGUUUUAUUGGAGUGAAUGAACGGAAACAUAAAAAACCUUCUGAUUUGCAUUACAGGGGGGCAGAUGCAUGAGAGUCAUUAUAUUUAUCAUUUCCUUUCACUUGCUUUUCCAUUGGCCGCACACCUCUUUGUGAGAUAUUACACAUAAUUAAACAAAUAUAAUUUGACAUUGGUCCCAUUAAUGUGACAAAAUUCAUCUCCUGGGAAAUUAAACAUAAAAAACAUUGAAACUUUUUUCAAAAAUAAUAGUUACUAUGUCUUUUUUUCCUGAUUGCAUGAUCAUAAUGAACCUAAAAAAAAUCACUGCUCUGUAGAUUAUUUACUUUUAAGGGAAUAUUAUUGUGUUUUUGAAAAAACAUAUAGGAGUGGGUAACAUGUAUUGAUGGGUAACAGAUAAUAGGCAUUGAUUUGUAAAUAACUGUAUAUGAAGAAUUUGAGCUUAUUAUAUAAUUUGUCUGACUAGGCAGCUCAUUCUCUUUUUCAUGACCAUAUGUGAUGCAGAUGUGAAAUGUAAACGUGAGGUCAGAGGUAUAAUUAGAUAGAGUCCCCGUAUAGCAGUAACAAUUCCUAAAUGUUGCAAAUAAACAAAUGCAGCAGACUUUUAAUCAGUUUUAAAGAUUAAACACAUUUUAUGAAAGUUUGACCUUAUUUGACCACAACCAGCACAACCUACACAGACAGAAAACAUUAAAUAAAACAGAAACUAAAAAGUAACCACUAACUGAUAAAUAAAGGUUGAUGUAAAAGUUAUUUGAUUUCCAUAAAUGUCAACUAUUGAUUGAUUCUCAGGCUGGGAGUAGGAACUACUAGAGAGGAGGGGAAGAUUUUCUUUUUCUGUGUUCUCAUAUAAAUAUUAGAUGGCCUUUAAAUGCAGUCUGAGUAGCAAAAAACUCUCUCAGGCAUUGAAACUGCACGAGCGUGGUGACGUGUGAAGGACUCAGAGGAAUAUAUUCAGUCUUUGUUUUCAGUUUCCCCAAACAUGCCACCAGCAGACUGUGUAGUGUAGAUGUUCCUGUCGUGUCAGGGGCUUCCUGGAGGGUGCCUGCACUCAUUUCUCUGAGAAUGGCUUCUGUGGUUAACUCCAACAACUUAUAUGAACCGGCAUUCUUCAGAUGUUUUUGCUGCUGGGCACAUUGAACUGAAAAGAUUUUCCAUUAAAUUAUGUUAAGCUUUUCUUGAACCUGCUGGCUGGGAAAAGGAUCUCUUAAAUAAAACCAGCAGGAAAUGGAAGAGACCAACUGUGAGAUGCCCUCCCUCUGCCAUUGUGACUCUUUUAUGUUAGCUUGCAUGCAUACAAACGUCCUCUGUGACACAUUAGUAAGAAAUGGUCUGUUUAUUGAUGUUAACCGUGAUGCUGAUUAUGCUCCCAUGUGGAUGCGCACAUGGACAGCUGUGUCCAUGGUGUGUCGUUGUUUUAUACUACUUUUAAGUCCACAUGCAGGGAGCACAUUGCACUGUAGUUGGAGGGCACAUGGAUGUCUGAUGAUACCCUGCAGGUCCCUUUCAGAUUCACAGAUGUGGAAACAUAUUUUUUUUUCCAUAAGCCAUUUGUGUGUUACUGUGUUUGGGUCAUUCUUAUGCAGUUUUAGAUUCUUGUUCAAGAAAAUGUUUCAUUUGGAAGUUUUAGCUACCUUAUUUUUUCUUAAUUUUUAAUUCUUCAAUGACUGUAAAAAUACUCAAAGAAAACUGUGAUUAGUGUGUUUGUAACUUUGUCAUAGUUCUGUAUUCAGAAGUAUUACAGUGCCUUGAAAAUAUACUGGUAUCUGUUGUUGAAACAUGUCUGAAGCAAUUAAAUGGUUGGUCCUUUUCUAAUA